GAUAGGUCCCGAGUAUCUGAUACCCACGGACACAUGGAACACUGACUGUUGACAUUUCCAUGCAUCCAUGCCGGGCUGGAAGCUCUACAGUGGGGCACACAGUGAAUUUAGCGUUGCGGUGGAAGCCUUCCCAAGUUUUGUUUGCCCCACCAUGCUCGGAACCCCGCCGUCGGUUUGAUUCUGUCACCAUCCCAAAAACAACCAACCAUACCACAACAAUGGCAUCGACAUCAGCAGACCCGGCGCAAACGCCAGAGGCCAAGCCCCCCGUCGCCAUCGUGGUGAUUGGCAUGGCAGGCUCGGGCAAGACGACCUUCAUGCAGAGAAUCAACGCCUACCUCCACGAGAAGAAACAACCACCAUACGUCAUGAACCUCGAUCCCGCCAUCACCCACUCCCCUUUCCAGGCCAACAUCGACAUCCGCGACUCGGUCAACUACAAGAAGGUGAUGGAAGAGUACAAGCUUGGCCCAAACGGAGGCAUCAUGACGUCUCUGAAUCUCUUCGCCACAAAGGUUGACCAAGUCAUGGGGAUUCUCGAGAAGCGCGCCAAGCCCAACCCGGACAACCCUGCCCAAAAGCCCAUCGAUAAGAUCCUCGUCGAUACGCCCGGUCAGAUCGAAGUGUUUGUCUGGUCCGCUUCGGGCACAAUUCUUCUGGAGUCGCUCGCAUCAUCGUUCCCCACCGUCAUCGCCUACGUAAUCGACACCCCGCGCACGAGCUCAACGUCGACCUUUAUGAGCAACAUGCUUUAUGCCUGCAGUAUUCUCUACAAGAUGAAGCUGCCCAUGAUCUUGGUGUUCAACAAGGCCGACGCGAAGGACCCAUCCUUUGCCAAGGAGUGGAUGACGGACUACGAUGCCUUCCAGGCUGCUCUUGCCGAGGAUGAGAACAGCAAUGCCUUUGGUGGUGUAGAGGGAGGGGACGGUGCUGGGAGCGGGUAUAUGGGCGGUCUUAUCAACAGUAUGAGCCUGAUGCUCGAGGAGUUCUACUCUCACCUCAGCGUCGUCGGCGUCAGUUCGCUCCUCGGUACUGGUAUCGAUGAAUUCUUUGAGGCCGUUGCGGAAAAGGCAGAGGAGUUCAAGAAGGACUACCAGCCAGAACUGGACCGGAGGCGCGACGAGCGGGAGAAGAACAAGGAGAAGCAGCGCGAAAAGCAGCUUGCCAAGAUGAUGACUGACAUGAACAUGGGCGACUCAUCCAUGUCCAAGGCUGUGGCCGAUCUCAAGGCUGGCGACGAGGACGAGAAGGACGCCCCGACUCUGAGCUCUGACGAAGACGAUGACGAUAUCGACAUUGACGAGGAUGACCGAGAAGGGCUGCAAGCUAGAUACUCGGCCGCCAUGCAGUCGGACUCUGUUGAGACGGAUGCUAGCUUUGCAAAGUAUAUUUACUCUCAGCGCUAGGUGCACAUGUGUAAAAGAGACUGGGCAGUGGGAGGAAUAAAGGGUAUAUUUAGCAUUUGACUCGGCGUUUAGACAUGAUACCAGGGUGUUUUUGGUAGCGGAAAAAGACGAAAUCAAGUUUUCAUGAUCAG